AUGUGGUGCAUCUUCUGCUGCUCUAUGUACAUCCCCGCUUUAAAACAGAUUAUCUUGCCAAGAAUGGUGCUUGGUUCUGAAGGCAAGGUACGCCACGAUGUCAUCAUCUCCGACAUGGUUUUCUCUGGCAAUGCAUCAUUGACAUGGCAUGCUAUUGAAUAUGGCUUGGAAUUUUUAAAUAAGGGUCUGGACUCUGGAGUGACAAUUGGAUACCAGAAGACUUUGCUGGCGCUGGUGCCGGUGGCUUCUGAUGGGAGUUUGCCGGCGCAACCUGCUGCAGCAGUACUUCGUACCUGCAAAUGUGGAGGCGAAAAUGAAAAUUCGGCCUUCCGCUCGACACACGAUGAAAACUUCCUCGCCUGUCACCUGAUAAAAAUUCUGGUGUUCUCUUCAGUCCGAGGUGCCUACAAGUUAGCACUGAAUUUCAACUUCUUUGAUCAGGGAGUCGGGGGUCCUAGUUCGAGUCCAGAUAGGUCUGCUCCAAGCUGGGAUUUAAUGUUGAAGCCUCCAGUUGCUCAAAAGAUUUCUACCUUUGCUUGGAAGCUUCAGCACCAGGCCGGAAUGGCCGCUGCAGCUAUCCCAGGUACAAUGGGUGACGAUGGUUAUAAAUUUCUAAUGCAAAAGCCAGCGCCUCCUGUACGACGGUACAUGAAUCCCGUUGAUUUCUCUGAAUCCCGUCAAGGUUCUAUUUGCUUUUUUUGCACUGAAAUCUGGAGGGGUUGA